CUUGACACGCGGAGUCAGCAAGGCUCCAUUGUCAACUCGACUCCUUCUUCAUCCAAGUUGUUCUUUCUUAGAAUAUUCUUCAGCCUCUCCUUUUCUCGUCUAUAUAUCUUCCUCUCAACCACCCUCCUCCCAGAUUAACCAUAAGUUAACUUCUUCUUCUUCUUCUUCUUCUUCUCAAUUACUUCCUCUUUCUGUAAGUUAACAUGGGGAAUUACGUUUCUUGCACUCUUUCAAGUCCAUUGACCAAGCAUUCAACGUCGGUAACCGUGGUGUUUCCAGGAGGAGAAGUCAAACAAAUCCUGACGCCGACGAAAGCGGCGGAGCUCAUGCUGGAGAUGCCCAACUUCUUCCUUGUGAACUCUCAGUCUCUGAAAGUAGGGCGAAGGUUUUCCCCUCUCAGCGCGGAUGAAGACCUGGAAGAGAGAAACGUGUACGUUAUGUUCCCGAUGAAGAGGGUGCACUCAGUGAUCACGGCGGGGGACAUGGGCCUCUUGUUUAUGGCUGCCAAGCGGAGUUCUUCCGGGAAAGGGAGGAUUUUGCCGGCGGAUCAGUGUGGGGAGGAAAUGAAUAACAAGAAUGAUGAAGAGACGGCGGUGCCGAAGCUGAAUUUGGAUGAUGUUGAAGAGUUUUCGAAGCCGGAGUUUUUGCAUAGAUUGUCCAUGUCGAGGUCGAAGAAGCCAUUGUUGGAGACAAUAGCAGAAGAACGAUGAUUUAUGAAUAUAUACACACACACAAUAUAUAGAUAUAUAGAAAUGAUUCAUGUGGAAUUAUGGAAUUUAAGUCCAUUUAUAACAAAUUAAUGUAUGAUUUUUUAAACAAUUACGGUUUGAUGAGA